GUGACCGAGGGACAAUCAAUCACGAGGCCACCUUUGUUCGAUGGAACAAACCACUCGUAUUGGAAGGAGAGGAUGAGAAUCUUUAUCCAAUCCAACGACUACAAGCUGUGGUUGAUUGUGAAGAACGGCUGCGGAGUCCCGAUGAAGAAAGUCGGUGAAGUCAACGUCCCGAAAACCGAAGAGGAGUUCACCGACGAAGAUUGCAAAAAGAUGGAGCUCAACGCAAAGGCAAUAAACAUGAUUUAUUGCGGUGUUAAUGCGGAUGACUACCGCAAAACAAAUGUGGGAGAAAUUGGAGGUCACCUACGAAGGAACCGCGCAGGUUCGGGAGGCCAAAAUUGACCAUCUCACCCACGAGUACGAACUCUUCUCAAUGAAGGAAAACGAGAAGAUUGAGGAAAUGUUUGAGAGGUUCUCUAAUAUCAUUAAUUCUCUCAAUCCUCUCGGGAAGACUUACACCGACCGAGAACUUGUAAGAAAGGUGCUACGAAGCUUAUCCCCAAAAUGGCGUUCAAAGGUGGACGCAAUUGAAGAAGGACGUGACUUCCAAACAACGACCUAUGAUGCUCUUCGAGGUAACCUCAUUACCUACGAAACCACCCAACUCUCAAAGGUGGUUGAAGAGAAGAGCAAGAGGUCUAUUGCUCUACCCGCAACAACAUCAUCCCACAACAACGUUGAUGAUGAAGAUGAUGACAGCGACGACACCGACCUCGGACUCUUCGUCCGAAAAUUCAAGAAGAUGAUGCUCAAGAGGGGAGCCAAGAAGAACACUCCACCCAAGUGCUAUGGGUGUGGUGAAAUUGGACACAUCAAACCAAUGUGUCCAAAGCUCAAAAACGAGAAGGAAAUAGGGCACCGAAGAAGAAACGUGCCUACAUUUCUUGGGAGAACGACGGCUCCGGGAGUGAAGACUCGGAAACGGAGGAAGUGGCCAACCUAUGUCUCAUGGCCAUUGAGGAUGGUGAAACAUCAAUAGAGAUAAGUGAUCAAGAACCUUUUCCCAAUGAUCCUUUAACUCUUAAUGAUGUUGUUUGCAUUGUAGAAGAACUUGUAGGAAUGUUCAAAAAGGAUUCCAAAGAAAAUAAUGAAGUUAAACAAAAAAUCCUGAUUUUUGAAAAAGAUGUAAAAGAACUCAAAAAUAUAAAUGAUAAACUUAAACAAGAAAUUAUCUCUUUUGGA